GGCCUCGGGUUAUGUAAAUGAGGUUGCGCCCCGCCCCCUGCACCUGAUUCGGGAGUAUUUGAUGGCGCUGUAGAGGCGCUGUGGAAGUUUUUCCGACUGGGUGGAGGAUAUGAGUGUGUGUCGGAGUGCGCUGUGAGGAUUUAACCUGCUGCGGGGGAUUUCGGCUUUUCCGUUACAUUCUCCUUCUUGUGGUGGAAAACAGGUCCAAGAUGCCGCGCUCGUUCCUCGUCAAAAAGCACUUCAACUCCGCCAAGAAGCCGAACUACAGCGAGCUGGACUGUCCGGCAGCGUUCGUGUCUCAGCAGCUCCUCAAAAGCCUGGUGAUGCCCGUGAUCCCGCAGCCCGAGGUGUUGAGCCCGGUGAUGUACAGUCCGAUCACCAUGUGGACGGCGAGCGAGUCUCCGCUGUCGCCGCUUCCCACUGACCUCUCGCCCGUGUCGGGAUACCCGUCGCCCAAAGACAGCCACGAGAUCCCGAGGAGCGACGAGGACGAGCACGAGCACGAGCAGCCGGCCUCCAUCACCAUCACCACCACCACCACCAGCAGCAGCGGCAACUCGGACGUGGCGGAGAAGUUCCACUGCGCCCUGUGCCACAAGUCGUACUCCACGUACGCGGGCCUGCUCAAGCACAAGCAGCUGCACUGUGACGUGCACGCGCGCAAGGCCUUCAGCUGCAAGUACUGCGAGAAGGAGUACGUGAGCCUCGGCGCGCUCAAAAUGCACAUACGGACACACACGCUGCCGUGCGUCUGCAAGCUGUGCGGCAAGGCUUUCUCGCGCCCGUGGCUUCUACAGGGACACAUCCGCACUCACACAGGCGAGAAGCCGUUCUCGUGUUCCCACUGCAGCCGCGCGUUCGCCGACAGAUCCAACCUCAGGGCCCACCUGCAGACGCACUCGGACGUGAAGAAGUACCAGUGCAAGAACUGCUCGAAAACCUUCUCCAGAAUGUCUCUCCUGCACAAGCACGAGGAGUCGGGAUGCUGCGUCGCCCACUGACCCCCAUCCCAAAUCCUCCCUCCCCCUCCCCAUCGGAGGGGGAAAAAAAAAACUGCUCUGGAAAAUUCACGGUGCCUUUUUUAAAAAAAAAAAAAAAAAAAAAAAAAAAAACAUUGCAAUUUCCGCACACAGUAUUCUUAAUUCCAGGGGCGCGUGUGACCGAGUGUUCAUUUUUUUUUUCUCUCUCUCUCUCUUAAAUCAUGCGCUCCGUCAUGUGCUUCCAAUUUGUAAACAGUAUUCCGACUGUUUUUUGGGCUUUUUUAAAAAAAAAAAAAAAAAAAAGAAACGAAUCCUUUUGUGUACUGUAAGAAAAUGUUUACUGCUCCGUACUAUCAUAAGAACAGGAAACCUGCUCGUUCAGGACUUGAGCGAUAACCAAAGCCGACUUAUUAUUAUUAUUAUUAUUAUUAUUAUUAUUAUUAUUAUUAUCCAUUCGUGGAUAUUUAUCAGGAUGGCGAUGAACUUGUUCGAGCUGUUCUGCUCAACAGCAGGUGUAUGACCAAAAGACCAAAGACUCAAGGACCAAAAGCCAUCGUCGUAGAGGGAACAAGUGCAAAGUAUUUCACCUGCCAACGCAGCGCUCUACCACCAAGUGCUUUCUUUUUCUCAGAGACUUUUUUUUUUUUUUUUCUCCGCAAUCGAUUAUUUUUUUUUGAUACAUUAUUUGAAUGUAUGUGUGACUGAAAUGAUUGUAUAUUGUUCGUACGUAUGCAUUUAAGCCAAUAGAUGACGGUUUUUGUGUCUUUUUUUUUAUACGCUCUAUGAAAAAAAAAUAAAAAAGCUUCCUGUUGGUAUUUUUUAAACCAUCGUCUGUUAUUAAUAAAUCCCGAGAACGCAGUCGGUGCAGGUGUCGGAAGCAUGGUGGCGAGUCGUGUAUUAACGGCAUGCCUGAUGUAGGCGUUUUGAAUACCUCUGAGAAGUGCGGCCAAGUCGAACCGACGGAACGUUUCAGGCGCUGUGUUUUAACUUGGCGUCACAAUGCGAGUGCUUGUGCGCUUGUUGCUACAGCAGUCAUUUGACUCACUGAGCGUUCACCUGAUUCAUGAAAGGUGGAGAUGUUCCGCUCAUUUUUCCAGCCCCGGUUCCCUCGUAUGACUAAGCGGCGGAGAAUAAUCGGGAUACUUGCGCUGGCUGACUCCAGAAUGCGUUCCGACUAAUCAGAGAAAUGAAUCAAAUUGAUUCAAGCGAGUCAAAUCUCCUAGGAGACUAAUCGGGAGAACGAUGAUGCGCGUAAAAUUUAAUAUUUUUUGAGUAUGGAAGUGUAAAAACAUUUUUCGGAAAAAGACAACCUGCUCUUUGUGAACCUGUUCCAAGUCCCCCCCCACCCAAAAAAAUGUCACACUUCCUCCCUAUGUAGCUCUCUCACUUCCCUGCCAUUUGCUCUAAACGCGCCUGGCCCAUCAGGACAUCCUGUGCCGAGUGAAAGUCCUGAUGAUUCGAUUAAUACACUAGCAUGUGCUCUCGGUCAUGGAGUCGGAUCUCAUGACUUUAUCUGAAUAGCGCCUUUCAUACGGUCGGCGCACGGGCUACGAAAUGCGUUCCUGCGCUUCUAUUCUAACGCCCAGAUGAGUGUGAAUGAGUAUUUUGACUGCGCUGCUAUGAAUGAACACUUGUCUCGUCGCCUCUGGGGGAUGAACAUUUUAAACAGACGUGUACUUAAAGGCGCGUGACUCACGGCCGAAGCGUUCCAGGUGAUGGAAUGUUUGGUUAGAUAGCGCUGUGGCCUCAGAGCUGGAUCUAGCACACAAUGCAGGUGUUCGACAUCACUUUUCGGGAGAUGACUCGUACCGACAAGCGUCCUCGUUUGCGUUGGAAGCUGCUGGGUGA